AUGAUAAAAAUUGUUCAGGUUUGCAGAGGAAUGAGGUUAGUUUCCUAAUAAUACUUCUAAUACUCCAAGUCUGUUUAAUUAAAGUCAAGUGAAACAAUUGGAGAAGGACUCUAUACUCAAUAGCUCUUUACAGGGUGUUUAGCAGAGUACGCUUAUUAUAUAGAAUCAAAUAAGGAGGCCAUCAUCAUAGAUCCCUUAAGAGAUAUUCAACCCUAUAUAGACCUUGCAAAAGAGAGAGGAGCAACAAUUAAAUAUGUUCUAUUAACUCACUUCCAUGCUGAUUUUGUAGCUGGUCAUGUGAGUCUAAAAAAUUAAACAGGAGCUUAAGUGAUAAUGGGACCUAAUGCAGAAGCUCCUUUCAUCAAUAAAACAAUGAAAGAUGGAGAAAUGCUACAUUUUGGAUAAAUAAAGAUUCAGGCCCUUCAUACACCAGGUCAUACAUAAGAGUCCACAUGCUUUUUGUUGCAUGAUAGAACUGGUAAAAAACAUAGUUUAUUCACUGGAGAUACUUUAUUCUUGGGAGAGGUAGGCAGACCUGAUUUGGCAGUAAAGACUGAUUUGAGUCAAUAUGAUUUGGCGAUUAUGUUAUUCAAAUCUUUAAGAGAGAAACUAAUGCCAUUGCCAGAUGAUGUAUUUGUGUAUCCUGGGCAUGGUUAAGGUUCAGCCUGUGGAAAGAAUAUUUCAUCAGGUUAUUAUUGCACUAUGGGGAAUUAAAAGAAGAAUAAUUAUGCGCUUUAGCCUAUGGAUUACGAGACAUUUGUUACGGAAGUAGUGAGGGAUUUACCUAAACCUCCUCAAUAUUUCUUUUAUAACGCUGGGUUGAAUAAGAAUACUUUUACUUCAGAUUUAAAUGAGAUUCUAAAGAAGUCAAAUAAAAAAUUAUCACCACAAGAUGCAAAAUUAACAAAGACAGCUUAAAUUAUUGAUUCUAGAAAUUCAAUUGCUGAAGGAUUUAUUCCAGGAUCUAUCAAUGUUCCAUUACAAAUUCCUUUUGCUCAUUGGGUUGGAACUUUAUUGCCUCAUAAUAAAGAAGUUAUUAUAGUAUGUGAAAAAGGUACAGAGGAACAAACUAUUAUGAGAUUAUCAAGAAUAGGUUAUGAUAAUAUAUUAGGAUACAUGUAUUUUGAAGAAUGGUAAUAGGCUGGAGAAAUAAUAACCAAACCAACUGAAUUAGAAAAACAGGCUUUAUUGAAUAUCUCGCAAUAGGGUUCAGAAUAGAUUAUUGAUGUUAGAUCUUUUGAAGAGUGGAGAAAGGGUAAAUUAGACACUGCUAAAUUUUUUCCUCUUAACGAACUAUUGAGUAAUAUGGAAAGACUAAAUAAAAAUUAGUAAAUUAAUAUUUAUUGUGGAACAGGAUAAAGAGCAAAAAUUGCAUGUACUUUAUUGAUAGCUAAUGGAUUUAAAAAUGUAUAAUAUUGUAAAGUUGGGUAUGAUGAGAUUAUAAAACCAUGA